UUCGUUGUUAUGAUGUAUCGAUCAUUCGUAUUGCGGCUGCGCGGUUUCUUUCUUUACUUCGAACCAAAUAGUAUUGUUUUAACUAUAAAAGUGUGGAAUCAAGUGAAGUGAUUAGUUUUCUCAACAAAUUCUAUAGUUAAUAAGCUAGCCCUUGUUUAGAUAAGUACUUCAAUGGAAACACAUAACAACCUGCACUUUCCUAAUUAGUGAGAUUUAAUCGCAUUUAGUAAAAUUAGACUUUAGUAAGAUGAGCAGCGACGAAGAAUAUGAUAAUCUGCCAAACAUUACUUUUUUCGACCCGACACCUGGCUGCAGCAAAGAUUUUCCGCAGUCACCUGGCUGCAGCAAAGAUUUUCCGCAGUUACCCGGCUGCAGCAAAGAUUUUCCGCAGUUACCCGGCUGCAGCAAAGAUUUUCCGCAGUUACCCGGCUGCAGCAAAGAUUUUCCGCAGUUACCCGGCUGCAGCAAAGAUUUUCCGCAGUUACCCGGCUGCAGCAAAGAUUUUCCGCAGUUACCCGGCUGCAGCAAAGAUUUUCCGCAGUUACCCGGCUGCAGCAAAGAUUUUCCGCAGUUACCCGGCUGCAGCAAAGAUUUUCCGCAGUUACCUGGCUGCAGCAAAGAUUUUCCGCAGUUACCUGGCUGCAGCAAAGAUUUUCCGCAGUUACCCGGCUGCAGCAACGAUUUUCCGCAGUUACCCGGCUGCAGCAACGAUUUUCCGCAGUUACCCGGAACGUAUGAACCGUUUAGAAUACCGCCAGCGGAGGAGCUCAUUAUGGAGCGUGAGAAGAUGCGUAAACUGAAGUUAGAGCUGCAGUCUUUCGAUUGCCCAGAGAUCGAGCCUCGCUGCGACUUAGACGCUGAGCUGCGUGAGGUUGGUUUGAUCGAAGUACAAGGUCCGUUGUGGCCCGCGCAGCACCCCAUCCAGACCGCUCGCGAGCUGUGGAGCACGAUGAGCCCUUACCUGGUGCUUCGCGGAGUUAGCUUGGACAAGUUGCCUAAUCGACUCCCAAAACUCACGAUUGCUCUAACAACCGAUACGGGCGAUCGCAUUAUUCCACCAGCCGAUUUUGGAUGGUCCGACAGUGAAAUGCUGGGCGCCUGCGUAGUGACGUUAGUUGCUACAAUAGCCAGAGAAUCACACAUAAAACGAGUUGCAGCACGAACAUUACAGACGCUCUUGGACUAUCACGCGACUCAUUUACAGUUGGAAAACUUCUUGGAUAUGAUAUUGAAAUCAUUCCCCGAUCCGCGCAUGCGCCGAGAUAUCAGCGAUAUGGUGAUCAAUGGCGUACAACGGGGUGCUGACCGCGUGGCGAGGGCUCUGUGCUACACCACUUUACUUACUAUCAUACAUAAGGCGAACCCUAACGCCGGCAUCGCUAUAAAUAAGUACAAAGUUGGCGAAUGUAGUAAAUCAUUAAAUGACCAAAAUCCUAUUAAAAAUGAAAACGGAGAAACGAGUGCUAUUCAAGUUAAUGUUAUUAAAUUUGGCGGUAAAAGUGAACCUUGCGACACCCAAGGUAGUCCUGGCGGCGCUAGUGCUUUACCCGUGGAAGAGGAGGAUGUCAAAGUGUCCGUAACAGACGUGGUGGAGGGCGACGCCUACCCCAUGCUACGCGUAGCUGAGGCGAUCCCGUUUUGGCGGCACUGCACAGACGCCGAGCGUUAUGAGGUUAUCAAACUGGCAGGCCGUUUAAUGGCCGAUUCAAUGUCUGAAGACAUCACAGAAGCGAAACUAAAGGCACGCCGGCUGCUGCUCAAGAAUAUCAAACAGACAAAAACACAAAAUGCGACACCCUAUCACCAGUAUAAGGAACGCGUGGAGAUCGGGAAACUGGACAUUUUGUUCAACGACAAAUACUGAAGAGCAAAAACAACCCAACGUAGAAAUACGUGUUUAGAUAGGUGACGGGACCGCCCGUGAAUUGAAUAUCCAAAAUCUUCCAAACGCGUAUUCAAUGGUCAUAUAAUUAUUUAAAAUGUGUUUCUAGUCAUUUUACUCAUCUAGUCAACUGUUUUGAAAUGAUGAAAAGUACCUUACUCCAUAUUAUGAGUAAUCAACUAACUCAGAGUCAGGUCUACAGAUCAGGAUUUUUGCUUAUCUUAAUUUUUUGUUUGACUUUCAAAAGGCGCCUAGCUUUUUGGGGAAAAAACUAGGGAGUGUGGGAUUUUUACGGCACUAAACCCUCCCCGGUGGCCACCAUCUACACCUAAAGGAGGCAACGGGUCCAACACUGGAGCCCCCAUGGUGCAACGCCUGUUAUGGCACUUCCCUAUGGAGACCUAUAGGUCAUCCUUAAACAUUUCUGUGCAGUGUAGUGCACGACGACACGUGACGACUGUGCCGCCGAGCCAGUAGAGUUGCCGCCUCAAAAGACACCGUUCUACAGAACGGUGUCUUUUGGGCAAAAUAGCCGUAUCGCACGAGGAUACAUCCUUGUGCGAUACGCUUGCUAAGCCGCCAUAAGCUGAGGCUUGAGUCACUCAGCAGGGAGCAACCCUGCUGAGCCAGUGUGUUAAGCUGGUUUUUAGCUCAACUACUGCUUCCUUAAGGCAAACUAUUUGUGCUCGCAAUUCUCUAAAGAGUUUUUAUCUACGCCAGGCAAGGGUACAACUGAAGCCUAGUCAGAUGUAUCCAUCGUCCGAGUGCGCUUUCGUGCAGUGUACAUACACACCGUCGACUUAUGGGAGACUGCUGACACUUGCGAGCAAUCUGACUCGCCACUGUCGCUUGUUGCACCUCCCAUUGGAGUAGCUGGUCGUUUAAAAUACAUCAUCCCUUUCGAUCCCGAACAUGACCUGUCGUUGCUCGAAAUUACUUUUUCCACCUCCUUACCAUCAUUAUUUUAUGUUUAGUUUUAUUCAUUUCCAUAUAAGUCCCACGAGUGUGGCGGAAGAAAAGGUCCACCUAGGUGGUGCCCCUUGUCCCUAAGUAAGUGUACAUUUAGUACCCAAAUAGAAGGUCCACCGGUCCCCUAGCUGGGGGUGCGCUCGCGACUGAAUCAACUCCUCAGCCAUACAUACCCUCGCCGCGCACCAUCUUGGUAUUGGAGGAUUUUUUUAUAGAGGUUAUCUUCCUCGUGGCCCGGGCGAUUAAGCCAAGACCCUCGUCCCAAUCCGAGUCAUGAAACAUGACCAUGAUCUCUUCACGACGGUUCUUGAUCACGACGGUUGCAAUCAGGAACAGGAGUUCCGAUGCUACUCACUAGCAGGGUGUAUGCACAACAAGUACCGUCCACGCUAUUCCAACAUAUUCUGGGCUACAACAGAAACAGGCGGAUGACCUACUACCACCCAGUAUAGGGUUUCUUCCAAAGAUGAUUCUGCUUGCAGAAUACCUUUCCUUUAGCAGGGUUUGUGUGAAAUCCCUGCUACCAACCAACCUCGGUUUUUUUUCCAUCCCGUCCAGAAGUUAGCUACUAGGAACAGUGUCGCCAACUGCCUCCUAUACCCAGGGUGCACCACGGGGAGGUCUUCUGGCACCGCGCCCCAUCUUAAUAUAUCUAGGUUCUUAAUAAUUAAAUGUAUGUAAUCACAAACAUGAUCCCGACGCUAUAAUAAUCAUGGCAGCGUCGUAAAAUGACUUCGUCAUUAGCUGUUGCAGCGUAGUUAUGUCUAAGGUAGUCGCUGCAAGUAUGUAUCCCGGGAACCGUAGUGUAAGUAAAUAUAAUGUAGGCAGUCGGCAUUGGAACGGAGGUAGUAUCAUAAAUAGGUAAGCACCUACCUAAGUAGGUACUAGGUAAGUUUCAAGGUUAACAAGUCUGAUUGUGUAAGUUCCCUGUCCAAUUGCCGACUUUAUAAUCUUUUUAAUACAGGUAUUUGAUACGAAUAUUAUGAUACAGUCGUUCAACUAUUUAAUAAUGAAACGACUUGGUGAUGAAUUUUAAAACAUUUUUGUUAUCGAUCCGAGAUCAAAAUUCAGUAAUUAGGCAUUUUCCUAUCUUGUAAUCUUUAAGAUUUUUGGAAUUGUAUUUUAUAAUUGUUACUGUUUGUAAGUGAAUUGGACUAGACCUACUAGACAUUAUAUUUUGAGAUUUGGUAUCGAAUAAACUGCCAACAAAAGCUGCAGAGAUUGUGUGAGAAAGAGUGAAUGAUAUUAGACAAGAGCUUGUGAUGGGGAUAAUGAUAUCUGAUAGGAGAGAAUGGAAAAGAAGACUUUGUUAUAAUAAAAAAUAAGAAUAUUAAUAAAAAAUAAGCAUAUUAUACCAUCUGGUACACUAAAGAUUAAAUGCUCAAAUAAUGAUGUUAACUGCGGCAUAAUUGGCGGCCUAUUGUAAUGUAUUUGAUACAAACAUUAAAUUAUAAUAAUUUAGUUAUAAUUAUACCUUUACAUUAUUAUUUUUUACCUUUAAGUACUUCAAAAAUAUUGUGAUGAUUUUGAUCUGAGAUCAAAAGGAGAUUGCUCUAGGCCCAUACAUUGCUCGCCUCGAAGCCAACAUAACGGAAUGUCAUAACGGACACUUUUUAGAACAGAUUUAUUUUAACGAAAGGGACUAAUUUUAAGGCUAUUUCUAAAAAAGAAACCUUAAAAGCUACAUCUAAAAUAGCUAUUUCAAGAAGCAUUAAACUGUAAACAGCAAUAUAAUAAAAAAUAAUGUCUUAACAGUUAUGUUAUGUCUUUCAGGUAGUUUUAUUUUCUUAUUUAAAAAGCUUGGUUAAUAAUUAUACUUGUAUAAUUAACGUGAACGUCGUAUAUGAAAGCUUCACUCAUCACAUCAUCAGCCGUGAUGAUGACGUGUAAAAGAGUUACAUUGUAACCUAUUUGCAAAAAUAAAUAUCAAUUAGCCUAUAAGUGAAAGAGUAUAAUAAGUAAAGGGGAAAUGGCGAUCUGGAGCAAUCUUCUUUAUUUUGUAAGAUUUUUCUCGUGCUAACUGUGCUCUUAACAUUUUUGUAGCCAUAUUAAAUCAAAUAAACAUUUAGAGAAUC